GCAACAUGGAAGCAUGGUCUGGUGGCAUUCUGCUUAUUCUUGCGAUAUGUCUGCACACCGGCUCGGGGCUUAUAUGCCUGAAUUGCGAUGCUGUGGCCAACCCGAGGCUUUGUCGUCACGUGACAACGUGCUUCACCGGUGAGAAAUGCAGUGUGGAGACGUUUAUAUCUCACGAUGGCGAUCUCAUGUACAACCUUGGCUGUGUCGACAAAAACUACUGCGGUAUUGCGCAAGUGGCGCCACCUGUCGGCGGAAACCAGUUUUUCUCGUGCCACGACUGUUGUGACAACCAUGACCUUUGUAACGCCUUUGGAUGUAACAGCACAGGUUUCCCGGUGCAACGUGGACCACUCUGCUUCAACUGUGAGGCAUUCCCCGGUGGCUACCCUUGUCACACAAUCGCCCAUUGUGAGUCGCAUGAGGUAUGUUACAAUGACGCCACACUGGAGUUUCAGACAGACACCCUUUACUCUAGUGGAUGCCGCUCGAAACAUCACUGCGCAGAUGUUCAUGUGGACCCCAUUACGGGAUUCGGGCGGCGGGCGGAGGCUUUGGACGGCGGGAGACGUUCUGCCAGUAUUUGCACUGACUGCUGCGCCGGAGACCUCUGUAACAUACAGUGCCAGAGCUCCAGCGCAUGCGCGGACGACCCGUCGUGUCAGCUUCUGAUGCAGUCAUAUGACGUAUGUAAGAGCCCUGAUAUAGCCAAGCUUUUCUGCCAGAAGAGCUGUAAUUUGUGUACGGGAACCAGUCAAUCAGAGUGUCAAGACGCUCGUCUGGAUUGUUCAUACAUUCACACCCUCGUGAACAUGUGCUCGUCCAAACAGCAAGCGACCGUUUACGGGUGUCUGUCAUUCUGUGGGUAUUGUACAGGUGUUACCAGCGCGGGUCCCUCCGCCUUUACCGUCACCGCGCCUACGGUCGCGGUUACUACCCAACCACCCUACAGACCGCUCCUCAUAGGAGAUUCAGUUCUCCGAGGCCGUGAUUGGAACCACGGUAUCCAGGACGGCAAUGGGCCUGGUACGGUGGUGGCCCUGGGUCUAGGAACGGUUACGGUGACGUGGUUAGCGGGCGGAACGUACGUCUACCGGAACGGGAAGGAUGGCGCGUAUGAAGUCCGCCUGAGCCCCAUCGGCACCACGAUCUCAACUACAGUUGCCCCCCUGAGUCAGAUGCACAUCGGUGCCACAGUGGUCCGUGGGCCAGACUGGACUAACGGAAUGAUGGACGGUAACGGACCCGGGACAGUGUUGGGUGUGUCUAAUACGUCCAAGACGGUCCAGGUGUUCUGGAAUAAGACCCAAACGAGUGGCACAUUCAACGUGGGUAACGGGAUAAACGAGGUGCAGCUAAUCUUUCCCGGGGCAGGCUCGGGAACAACUAUGAGCCCAAGUGUGCUCGUCCCGCAGAUCCAGGUCGGUACGACAGUCAUACGGGGAACAGACUGGAUAUACGGCAAACAGGACGGUGGUGGACAAGGAACGGUUGUUGCUGUUGAUCCUGUGCAGGGCACGGCGACCGUUCUAUGGAAGAACACUGGCGCCCGGCACACAUACAGAAACGGCAAAGAUGGGAAAUAUGAUAUCCUUCCGCAGUUUCCUGCAACCACAACACCCCGCCCCUUCACGACUUCGGGGUUUCCGGUGUUGAGGCCCGGAGACAAGGUUGUCCGUGGGCCUGACUGGACGUGGGGCGACCAGGACUCGCGGGGACCAGGUAUCGUGAUCGACGCGAGCCGACCGGGCUGGGCAGAGGUGCAGUGGUUCUACACAAACCACACCGACUCAUACAGGAUGGGCGUCAAUGGGGCUCACGACCUGCAGCUGUACACCGGGCCAUGGCCGCCAGCCACCUAUACGACCGCAUACACUAUAAUGCCCCCAACGCCACAAACUAUUACAUUGCCGACGAAAACAACUGCAUCUAUACCAACAACGACGACAACAACACCUGGUCCGUUAACAACCACACCAAGGCCAACAACGACCACGACAAUAACAACAAUGCCUACAACAAUGUUAACAAGGCAAACGACCACUCCAUUCCCGACUUUGGUGAUUGGAGAUAGAGUAGAGCGAGGCCCCGACUGGACUUGGCAGAAGCAAGACGGUAACGGCCCCGGUGAGGUGACUGGUUUUCCGGUGCCGGGCUGGGUGAACGUCAAGUGGGACAAGACGGGUGCCACGGAGACGUACCGAUAUGGCCCUGACGCCCAUGAUGUCCAGAAGUUAAAGCCUACCACUACCACAUCCACUGCGCCACCCGUCACCACCGCCACUGUGCCACUCGUUACCACCGCCACUACACCACCCGUUACCACCGCCACUACACCACCUGUCACCACCUCGACUGCAACCACAACGUACCCGGCGUCGUUUGUCGGGAUGCGAGUUGUCAGAGGGCCAGACUGGCAGUGGGACAAUCAGGAUGGUAAUGGUCCGGGAACGGUCACGUCUAUCCCGCAACCGGGCUGGGUGAACGUGAAAUGGGACAAUAACCCGUUGGAGAACGCGUACCGGUACGGCACAGCCGGUAAAUACGACGUCCAGCCAACCGCCUCCGCCACCACGGCCGGGCACAUCGACGUCACAGUAACAGGCUCCACAACGUCAGGUGCACGGGUGCUACAUGUUGGGGAUACGGUCGUGCGGGGACCGGACUGGAAGUGGGCAGAUCAGGUGGAAAUCUUAUUCUUGUUCAAUAUUGUAUACACAAUUGAUAUAAACACGAACACAUUUCUACUCGUUUCUACAAUUUUUAAUUUACUGAACAUGAAAAACGAGCUGAUUAUUAGCCUCUCAGGUUUUAUUUUCAAUCUUAACAUUCCAUACAUCAAAUACCAGAUUCAAAUAUGUAACCGUAUACACCAGGACGGUAACGGGCCUGGCACGGUGACGGAAGUUACCGUGAAUCCGACGAGAGGUUACUGGAUACACGUUCGCUGGAAAGCAGGCUACGAGAACGACUACCGGUACGGAGUGGACGGGUUUUUUGACAUCCAGGCACAGGAGCAGACGAGUACAGCACCAACCACAGCGGCUGACCCGUAUGCGUUCAGUGUGGGUGACGUCGUUGUUCGAGGCCCAAACUGGAGUUGGGGAGACCAGGACGGCAACAGUACGGGAACUGUCACCAGUACGGCUACCAGCGGAUGGGUGCAAGUCACGUGGUCUGCCAACAACUACACAAACACCUACCGCAAUGGCUUAAACGGCAUACAUGACGUGGCGCCGGCGCAAGGGAACGGACUCCAACAGGGUUUCAUCCAAAUAGGAACCAGGGUUGUACGAGGCCCGGCAUGGCAUUAUGGCUCACAGGACGAGGAUAGGACGGGAACACGGCUUGUCGGGACGGUUGUGUCGGUGCCGGCGGGGAUACCACCUGGCUGGGCUGAGGUUGAGUGGUCUCCCGGGGGAUACUCUAACACAUAUAGUGCCGGAAUUGGCGGCGUCUGGGACAUAAAAAAAGCUCCCUGAGCCCCAACAUUCUACUUUCUCGUUUCAUACUCUAGUCAUAAUCUUUGUAAUUAUGUGCUUGCUGAAAUAUAAUUAAUACUGUC